AUGAUCCCUUGCUGCUUCACCACCUGCAUCGACACUUCCUGUGUUCUACUGUUGCGGAUGGCUAACACAGGAACAGGAAGGGUUUUGUCCCGCUCAGGAUUUGUUGUAAGCCGUCAGGUUUUCCGGGAGCUCAGAACUAUGUGUUACAGUGACUCCCAGCUGCUGGUCGCCGCCGGUCAGCUGAUUGCGAUGAUGAUGAUGAUGAUGAUGGUGCUGCUGCUGCUGCUGUAUCACUGCAGGUGCAGAGAAGCCUCCUCCCCUCCUUCCCAGUCCGUCCAGUCCUCUGCCAGAGCUGGUCUGACUGGAAAACACAGCGGCGGACACUCUCCAAUAAAUGGCUCUUUUAAGCUGGGAGCUGCUCGUGUUCUGUCUGGCUGGCAGAUGCAGUGCCUAGUCCCCGGCCUCCAGGACAACGCCAACAUGAACGGGACGUCCGAGCAGGCCGACAUCCUGCCGCCAAACUGCAUGGUCAAAGACCGAUGGAAAGUGAUUCAGUGUCUGAAUACAGGAACAUUUACAUGCAUCAGCUGCUGCCAGGAACUAGGUGGGUCCAGGAGGGUUCAGGUGGGUCCAGGCGGGUCCAAGUGGGUCCAGGCGGGUCCGGAUGGGUCCAGGCGGGUCCGGAUGGCUCCAGGUAAAAACCACGUCUGUAAGUUUAUUGGCUGCGGGAGAAACGACAAAUUCAACUACGUGGUCAUGCAGCUUCAGGGUCGUAACCUGGCCGACCUGCGGAGGAGUCAGCCCAGAGGGACCUUCACCAUGAGCACCACCCUGCGGCUCGGGAAGCAGAUCCUGGAGUCCAUCGAAGCCAUCCACUCAGUGGGCUUCCUGCACCGCGACAUCAAACCGUCAAACUUUGCGAUGGGCCGACUACCCUCGACCUACAGGAAGUGCUACAUGCUGGACUUCGGUCUGGCGCGGCAGUACACCAACACCACCGGAGAGGUCCGACCGCCGAGAACCGUGGCGGGUUUCAGAGGGACGGUCCGAUACGCUUCAGUCAACGCUCACAAAAACAAGGAAAUGGGUCGCCAUGACGACCUGUGGUCAUUGUUUUACAUGUUGGUGGAGUUCGCUGUUGGACAGUUGCCAUGGCGAAAGAUCAAAGACAAGGAACAAGUCGGUCAGAUUAAAGAGCGUUAUGACCAUCGGAUGCUGCUCAAACACAUGCCUUCAGAGUUCAAUAUCUUCCUGGACCAUGUCCUCGCCCUGGACUACUACACCAAACCAGACUACCAGCUGCUCAUGUCAGUGUUUGAGAACAGCAUGAAGGAGCGAAUCAUCACAGAGAACGAGCCUUUCGAUUGGGAGAAGGGAGGCAGUGAUGUCACGCUGUCGACCAGUGCCUCCACCCAACCACAGCACAACACCCGACCCACUGCCGCCAUGGUGGGGUGUUGUCGCCCACAGAGCAGAGCAUCCCGUCGCCGUCCUCCCCAGACUAUCGGACAAAGGGCCAGAGUGAUGAGAGGGAGCAUUUCCAUAUCCUUCCUCAGCUCCAGGUCAAGAGGGCUGACUUCCUCACGGUCAUCCUAACCGGAACCUUGCCUCAGCGCCGGAGCUUUGCCACGCCAGACGAAGAAGUCCCAGAAUGUCCGGGGCCAAAGGAUGAUGACGUCACCAAGAGCGAGUCCAACAGUGAGGCCAGUCAGAAGAGCACCGAACGUAGCCAGGACGCUGCGCCUUCAACACUCAUGGCUGAGGACCAGAGGGUCCAGAGGGAGCACGCCUCAGCUGCUGAUGCCGACCCUGACCUGGAAGACGCCUCCAAAACCCUUGUUCUCUUCUCACCCGGAGACACUCGCAAGUCUCCCUCUGGUGGUGAUCAUGGUUUAGAGGGGGAGUUGGCCACACCGUGUGCCCUAACUUUCCGUAAUGACCGUCUCCUGGUUGGGGAGGCAAAUCAACCUGAAGCCUCUGAGACUGGCCGUUUGUCCCCUGCUCUCAGGUCAGACCUGAGGCCGUCCACUCCCAUCGCUCCUGCAUCACCACCCUUCACAAAAGUUGAGCGCACUUUCAUCCAUAUUGCAGAGACAUCACAUCUUAAUGUCAUGUCUUCCAAUGGUCACUCUGCAAAGGAUAGUGACCGGGAAGUCUUGGCCAUCAUGAAGGCAUCAGUUGUAGAAGAUGACACACAUGAGCAAGGGGCAGCACCAGUGACAGAAGAGUUUUCAGAGGAGCCUGUGCCAGACCAAACUACACCAGUUGACAAACACCCUAAUAAUGAGAAUGGUCCAUCAACUAUUCUGGCCCAGUCUUUGGAACCUGUUCCAGAAUCCAUGUCACCAGUUCAUGAACAUAAAGAUCAGUCACAGGAACCUAAGAAACAGCCAUCAUUCAGCGAAGAAGCUGCCAAGCUUCAGACAACCGGCUUGGAACUACCUGCUGCCAUAAAGCCCAGGAUCCGAAGCCGAAUCCCAGUACUGAUCUCUGAGGAGGACUCAGGCUCAGAGCAGUCUUCCUCCCUUUCGGCCCGUGCUCGGCUUCAGCAGCGGGCCAGGCAGCUGGACUUGGCCCGCCUGCUGGUCCAGAAGCAACAGGGUCGCUGGAUGAGGAGGAGGAUGCUGUCUGGGACAUCAUCAUCGUUAUCCUCUGGGGAUGAUGAGCGUCGGAGGGCUUCUGAAACUCUGUCCACCACUGGCUCAGAGGAGGACACACAUACCUCGGAUGAGUCCAGGAGGAGCUCCCGUCUCAAAACGACUGAAGAGCAAGGCUCCAAGGAGUGCAGGAGCAGGAUCCCAAGGCCCGUCACCCCCAUAAAGAGGACUUCAGUGGGGCUUGCCACUGCUGUUCCUUCUCCUCUUUCCUUGCCAGACUGCAGCACUACCAAAGGAGCAUCAUCUUUCACUAAUGGCAAUCAGAAAAUCGGACUAAGCACUCUCAGCACUCAACGGAAAUCCAAACCUGUCUCACCCAGGUCCUCCUCCUCAUGUCCCCGUCCCUCCGCUGCCCCUGCCCCGUCCGGCAGCCCUCGAAUGCCCCUGCGAGUCCUGUUUGGAACCCGACGCAGCCUUAGCUCCACCCACUGCCGGACUGACAGCCCCUCCCCUCAAAGAGCAUGUCCUUCCAGGCAGCCCCUCUCGGUUCGAGCCCCAACUGUCCCUGUGCUACCGCCCAGGACUACAACAACAAUGCGGCGCAGCGCCUCACAGGAAGCCACCGCCCAGACCUCCUCUGGCACCACGCCUGCCAGGACCAGGCCGAAACCAGCCGGUGCGGCUAAGGGGAAGCCAAAUGCCAGGGAGAAGGCGGUGCCCGCUAGAUAAUACAAAGAGACUCAUUGCUGAGACAUGUUUGUGUAUAAUCAGUCUUCGGACAAGCUACGCCUCAAAGGUUCUCACCUGAUUCCAUUAGACUGUGAUGGUACAAUGACCUUCUUCAAUUCAUUAACUGUAUACAGACCUCUUAUAUUUUCCAAGGACAGCUUACUAAACUAUCUUAAUGGGCUUCCAGUAAUCUUAGAUAGAUCUAUUAGAGAUGUUCCGAUACCAUUUUUUCCUUUCUGAUACCGAUUCCGAUACCUGAACUUUGCGGAUCAGGUGAUACCAAGUACCAAUCCGAUACAUGUGCGUUAAAAUAUUUUUUAACAAGCGUGAACUACUAAGCCGGUAUGAUUGCUAUAUUUGUUGUAUGGCCUGGCUGAGGUUAAACCCUUUGCCAGAAUCAGAAUCAUGACUUUGCUAUCCUAGGAAAACAAAUGGGAGACAGCUGGGAAAUAGCACACAGAGUCCUGUUUCGGGGCUAAUAAAUUACAUAGUAUCUGAUCGGUGCACAGAUGCGCACUCGCCGAUACCACAUUUUAGGCAGCAUUAGAGGAAUUGCCAACGCUGGUAUCGGUAUCGGAACAACUCUACUGACUGUCGUACAGGAGCGUUGCUGCCAUGGUGCUAUGGAUACGUCUGCUGCUCCCUGGUCAAACCCCGAUUUAACUUGUUUCUGGAGCUGACAAUCGUGGCCUCCAACAGGUCCAGUUUCAGAGACUCUCACCUGACACAGUACUCCCAGCUUGUCCACAGCUAUAAUACUCUUCUAUUGACAGUACCCUGCUUGGAUCACAUUGCAUGGUGAAGUAUAUCACAAAUACGUUGAAUUUGUAGAAGGACGACAACAUGUACAAAAAUCUGUACCCUUAAAUUAUUUGAUAUAGCUUUCCCCUUCCUAUUGGGAUAAACUGGCCAAACAGAAAUAUCAAAUUGGACUGGUUUGAACGCCCAAACUAUGUUAAUAUGAUAAAAGAUUCCUAACUAUAUCCUGUACUCAUUUUGGUCUUGGAUAAAGAGAAAAGUUGGAUGUGAACACAAAAUAAAUAGCUCGGCCGCUCGCCUCCUCCUCAUGGUGUGACAAUGGGCAUGCUUUAAUCAUUCUAUUUUCUGGGUGUUUUUAUUUUGUUUAUGCUCUGAAUUGUAUAUAAUAGAAUCAUUUCCCAUAAAGACAUCUUUAUUUUUUAUCUUGCCAAGCAAAAUGUAAAUUUCAAGUCUUCAACCUUCUGUUCCAAUGUGUUGGCACUAUGCCUGUUUUUUACGCAUGAGAAAAACAGGGUUAACCAUGAGAGGAAGUCAUACCUGCUUGGAUUCUGCUGACAGUGCAAAGGUCUGCUGGUUGUUGGGGCCCAUGUUGUGUUUGUACGGGGUCGAUGGGCACUGAGCUGUGAAGUAAAG